AGCUGAUCUUCGAUUUGCCAACGCCUUAACGCCUUAACUGUCAGAACCCAUGUCAAUAAUACCGAGCUGACCCCCCAAGGAUCCGCUCAAAACCAGUAUUCCUCCUAGGCUCCUUCAACUUGCAAGAUAAAAGGUCUUGAAACACCCCAGGAAACUUAAUUCUUUGCACAAGCUACCGGUUUUUCUGAGCCGCAGCAGCCAAGACAGAUGGCUUCGACAUGCAGCACCCCCCGAGCAACCCGAAUUUCCUUGACAGUCAUAUUAAAGGAAGCUCACCGAAAGGUCUAUCCUUGCUGAGUCUGCUGAAGAGAAGUGGCCAGCAUCUACGGCGUUCUAGCAAAGAUGACACCCAACGAGCUCCCGAUACAACUAUCCACGCUGCGCCGACCGAGAAAUCGGGCCAAAUACAGCACAUUGACGCAGCAAGGCAAUUACCCGCUAAGACUCUGAUUGGUAACCCGCUCAAUCCGAUCAAGAAGCCGCCGGUCUCAAUUUUACGGAAGAGCAAUUCCCUCGAUCUCGAUUCCAUCAUCUGGGAUGAUUCAAGAAGAGACCGGCAGAAUAUGCAAGCAUUGGUGAAUUUGGACGACAUGAUUGCACGCCUCCUCCGAGUCGGAUAUUCAAAACCAUCCAAAAGCGUCUGUCUCAGUAAUGCCGAGAUCAUAGCUAUUUGCUCGAAUGCGCGCAACAUUCUCCUUUCUCAACCCGUUCUUCUAGAGCUCAAUGCUCCGAUCCAGAUCGUCGGCGAUCUACAUGGACAAUUCCCAGAUCUCAUUCGACUAUUUGAUACAUGCGGUUAUCCACCGGCAACCAACUACCUAUUCCUCGGAGACUACGUCGACCGUGGCAAGCAAAGCCUCGAGACAAUGCUGCUACUGCUAUGCUACAAACUCAAAUACCCCGAGAACUUCUUCAUCCUCCGAGGCAAUCACGAAUGUGCCAACAUCACCCGUAUCUACGGAUUCCACGAUGAAUGCAAGCGACGCUGCAACAUCAAAAUCUGGAAGACCUUCACAGAUGUUUUCAACUGUCUCCCUAUUGCCGCCAUCGUCGCAGAGAAGAUAUUCUGUGUUCACGGUGGUCUUUCGCCCAAUCUUACCAAUAUGGAUGAUAUUCGGAAAAUAUCUCGGCCGGUUGAAGUGCCCGAGUACGGACUUUUAAAUGAUCUUCUCUGGAGCGAUCCCGCCAACAUCAGGGAUUGGGGACCUAAUGAUGAUCGUGGCGUGAGUUGGUGUUUUGGCAAGGCGCCGAUUGUGAACUUCCUCAAACAUCACAGCUUGGACUUGGUUUGCCGGUCGCAUAUGGUGGUGGAGGGUGGGUAUGAGUUCUUUGGGAAUAAGUCAUUGGUGACGAUAUUCUCUGCACCAAAUUAUUGUGGGGAAUUCGACAAUUGCGGAGCUAGCAUGUCCGUUUCGGAAGACCUUUUGUGCAAUUUCAAUUUGUUGAGACCUUUUGACCCGAAGAAACCGAAUAAACAACCAAUGAAGAGAGCGAAGGAAUCUACGACGACUGAGAAAGCUUUGCUCCGCCAGGUAUCAUGGAAUUGAUUUUCGAUCCAACGGCUGCAUGGUCUAUGAAUAUUGUGUUAUAUGAGUGUAGAAUAGUCUGACUACUUUGUUACUGUUUGUUUUGAUACCUCAAUGGAAAUGAAUAACGAGUCCUUAUCAAA